AUGAGUCGACCAUCUGAAAGGUAUGCUGGUGGAUCAGCUGGCAGCUCAUCCAGUCCGCCAGUUUCAGUGCAGGAGUUAUCCAUCCGGGCACCAAAGGAGUUGAAUAAAAAGUACAACGUAAUGCGUUUCACCGGGUCACAAAACGUUGACUUCACUCAGUGGCGUUCGGUCAAAAUGGAACGGGAGAACAAUCUAAAGGCAUUCAAGGGGCAAAUUGACGAGGAAUUGCCGAAAUUUGGAGCUGGUUCCGAGUUCAAUCGUGAGGUACGGGAGGAGGCUCGCCGGAAGCGCUAUGGAAUUCAGGCCAAGAAAUAUCGGCCUGAGGAGCAACCGUGGAUACUGGAGGAAGGUGGUAAAAAAGACGGAAAGAAGUUUCGUGGCGUCCGAGAAGGAGGCGUAGGAGAAAAUUCGGCCUAUUAUGUUUUUGUACAGGCUCCGGACGGAGCGAUUGAAGCAUAUCCUUUGCAUGAGUGGUAUAACUUUCAGCCUAUUCAACGGUAUAAAGCGCUAACGGCUGAGGAAGCGGAAGAAGAGUUUGGUAAGAGAAAGAAAGCACUGAACUACUUUUCGCUGAUGCUACAAAAACGUCUGAAGGGCGAUGAUGACAUCGAGGAAGAUCAAGAAGAAGAAGAAGAAGGUAAAAAAAGUGGUGGUGCAAAAGCGAAGAUGUUAAAAAUCAGUGAUAUGGACGAGUGGAUCGAUUCGGAUGAUAUGAAUUCGUCGGAUGAGGAAGAAAAGCCUAAGGUGGAAGACAGUGAUGAAGAAGUAGAUGGAAAAAAGCCCAAAAAGAAAGUUUUGGCUGAAAGCAAGAAAAGAAAACGAGACGUAGAUGAGGAAGCUUUAGAAGAAUCGGACGAUGGCGAUGAUGAGGGCCGAGAGCUUGAUUAUAUUUCCGACUCAUCGGAAAGUGAAUCCGAACCGGAAUCGAAAGCCAGCAACGAGCUGAAAUCAGUUGCAGAGGAAGAUGCCCUUCGCAAAUUAUUAACAUCGGACGAAGAUUCCGAAGAUGAAGAAAAGAAAUCUGAAGAAGAGGAUGUAUCUGAAAAAGAGGAAGAAAAGAAGUGCAAAUCCUCUAAAGACAACGAAGAUAACCAUUCCAAGAAAAAGAAGAAAAAUAAACGAAAGAGGAAGUCUGAUUACGUUAAAAAGGACUCGUCAAGUUCCAGCUCGGAUUCGGAUACCGAUCCAGAUGCCUACAAUAUCAGUUCAAAGCAAAGUUUCGGUUCGAAUUUGUCCAGCGCUAAUAAUUGCCAAUCGGCUUCAUCAAGCGCGCCCCUGCAGAACGGAAUGAAACGGAAGUUAACUGGAUCGGAAGUGCCUUCGGCAGACCUCAACAACAACAUGUCGGCGCCGGCCAAAAAGAUCAAACUGGAUUCGGCGAUGGCUUUAUCGCCCACAUUUUCCGGCAACAGUAACAGCAGUGAUUAUGAUAUAACGGAAAAAACGGUGAGGCGCUAUUUGAAGCGCAAACCGGUGACUACCACGGAGCUACUCGCUAAGUUCAAAAGCAAGAGUAUUGGCGUUUCAAGUGAGAAGCUUAUCGCAACGAUGACUGCCGUCUUGAAAAAGAUCAACCCCGUUAAGCAGAAAAUUGAGGGUAAGAUGUAUCUCAGCAUUUAG